UUCUAACUUUUAAAAGACCCGGAUGAUUGGUGGUUUUCAAAAUGGCUGCCCAAGGGGGAUUGCGUCUGGGUCAAGCCGUUCUUCGCCGAACCAUACUGAGGCCACAAGUUUUGCUAGGAAUUAGAAAAGCACAUGAUGACCACAAAAAGUUUCCUCUCCCAACUCCGGAAAAUGACUGGAAAGGCUUCACUCGUGAAUGGAAAGAUGAUGGUUAUGCCCUGGGUGAUUACCCUAAUCUGCCAGACAUUUCUAACCAGAGGAGACAGCACAAAGGAUGGUGGGAUCCACAGGAACGUAGAAACUUUGGUGAACCAAUACAUCAGGAUGAAGAUGCAUUGAAUGUUUGGAUUAUGGCUGAGACUGAUUGCAAUGACAGAUACACACCGUAUGAAGCAGCAGGGCAGUUGGGUGUUGCUAUAGCCCUUCUUUGUGUUGUUGGAUAUCUUUGUUACCUUUAUGAUCAGACCGACAGAAACCCUGCGGUUCCAAAGAAAUACCCCUUUAACAAUCUGUAUCUUGAGCGAGGAGGUGAUCCUAACAAGGAGCCCCCCACUGAUGAAGACACAGACCCCAGAAAAAGACUCAUCCCACAUACUUUUUAUGGGUCUUGAUGUCUCUCUCUCUUAUCGUACAAAAAACUCUUACUGAUUGAGAAACUUGUAACUAUUAAUUCAAGAAUUACUUUGUCAUGUGUAGAUCUCUGUGGUGUGUGUUUUUUGUAGGACCAAUUAUCCUUUUUAGUAUACUGAAAUAUCCCAGUUGCUUCCUGAUUUCAGUUUUGUGUCAAUUAAUUCGUUUUCAGUCAAGUUUCAAGAUUGUGGUCUCUCUAUUAUGGCAGAUGUAUAUAACGUUAAAUUUUGAUAUGCUGCAUUUUAAAAAAAAAUAAAUGCCACAUUGUUGAUUGUUCUUUUAUGUCUGUUCACUGUUCUUGGACUGUGACAAACAUAUAGAACCUACACAGUGGACAAACAAAAGAUAAUAAGACAUACCAUCAGAAACCCCCCUAUGAGUUUCGGAUUCAAUAAAGGGUUUUCCACAAUCA